AUGUGGAGGCAUCUCGUGAUAACAGAAUUUCCUAGCGAAUGGAUGGAGAAAAGGAGUCAAAGGAGGAUGAACACUGAUCGAGAAAUUCGCUGUGCCGUCACCGGUGAAAAUGGAAGACAGUGCAACUGGUCUACAAAAGACUCAAAACGACAUGGCUCUACCACCAAAAUUCGUCAUCCUUUGAAAGAGAAGCAUGGUGUCCUACCACCUAAUAUCUCUAUCCCCGAUACAUCUUCAAAGACUAACCUUAUCAGCCGUUGGGGUAAGAAGGGGAAGCUUACCGUUCAACAAACUCUUGAGAAGAACCUUCUUCGCUGGUUAUUGAAUCGCCAGCAUUUCAGCAAUUACUCAAAGAUAUACCAGGUAUUUCACUUCCUUUUACCUCUCGCCCAUACACUUUGGGAGCGUCUUUUGGAAGAUUUCAAUCUACAUCGUAUGAGAUUGAAAAAUGAGCUUGCAACUACAUGUCAAACAAUCGCUCUGUCCCUUGACGUGUGGACUAGCAAAAAUCAUAUUCCAAUUCUCGCUGUCAUUGGCCAUUGGCUUACAGAAGAAUUUGAAUACCAAGAGAGAGUCCUUGAAUUCAAAGAGCUCCAUGGCCCCCAUAGCGGAGAAAACUUGGCCGCGGCUAUUCAAGCUCUGCUUAUUGAAUUGAAUCUUGAACGCAAACUUCUUUCAAUUACUGGCGACAAUGCUAGUAGCAAUGAGCGGAUGGCGGUACAGCUAUAUGAUAGUCUCCAGAAGACAUAUGGGACCGAUUCCCUCUUAUGUGGCUUGGAUAGUUACAUACGAUGCUUAGCUCAUAUCAUCAACCUUAUUGUGAAGGAUAUUCUACUGGAUCUUAAAUCAGGGAGUGCAGAAGAAGCCUCUUCUUUCUGCAACAACCUUGACAAAGGAGAAGACCAGCCGUGUGAAUUUCAGUCUCUCGGACCAUUGGCAAAACUUCGGAUCCUAGCUUUGUGGAUUCAACGGAGUCCGCAACGACCUUCCGGUAGUUCUUCUGGCUGUUCUGGAAGUCCUCCCACGUCUGUUGUGUACGGGCCGCAUGCCACCGUCUUUCGGCUGCCCUAG